CCUCUAUUCCUCCCCCACUUGUCUUCCCCGUGGGCUCCUCUUAGGUCUCACCAUUGACCUCCCUCGGUCACCUCGACUUCAUAGACCUGCCUGUGCUCAUGGUAUAGGUGCUGCAGUCUUCCACGGGUCUGCGAUGCCUUGAAAUCAGACCAUCAUGACCCCCGAAUCAGCAGCAGCCGCCCGCGGCACCACAACACCGGCCGUCCCCUCGCGCAACGCCCUUCGGGUCCUGCGACGGCUGGCUCUCGCCGGAUCUACGGUGGGCGGGUUCUGUACCAUUGCGGCCGUGACAUACGAUGUGCACCGCCGGGUCACCAUUGCCGAACGCAUUGUCGAGAAUAAGCGCGCUCUCCAUGCCUCCGCCCCCAACUACGAUGCCACGGCCGCCGCGAGAAGGCUCGCUCGCAUGAUGGAGGCCGCCGAGGCCGGUGAGUUCAUGGGACUGGAGUCCCUGAAGGACCAGGAUCGUCGCGCUGCAUCACAGCCAACACCACCGAUAACGCCAACGCCAGAAGUGAACAAUCAUCCGUCCGACCGCACAACAACAACAACAACAACAACAACAAAUUCCUUUCAGAACAUGUAUAUCCCCUUACCGGGUGGUGGUGGUUACGGUAGUGCGUCGUCGUCCGCUGUGGUGGAGAAGUUGCUGAAAGAUACGAGACCGGGACCGUUGAACCCGCAGAUGCAGACUGCCGGGCUUGCUGAUGGCCUGGGCUCCCUUGGCAGUAGCGACAGUAGUGGCAGUAGCGCGAGCGAGUUUCAUAAGAUCGCGCCCGGCACAUUUGGGGAUAGUCUUUCGGAUGAGAAGGCGCUGAUGGAUACUCUGGAAGAUCAGCCGGUUACGUGGCAGAUCCAAUGGUUGCUGACCAAUGACCGCCCCGUGUACGCGGCGCAGUUGUUUCUCGACACGCACCCCGAGACACACCAGCACCUGGCUCCGGAACGACGGCAGCUGGCGGAACAGGUGUUUUUCGCCAAUUGCAAGGCCGGGAAUGUGCAUCUGGCACGGAAUGUCUUCGAGCGGGUGGAAGCGGUGGACCAGGUCUCGUUUGAGAUGUGGAGGACCAUGAUUCUGACGCUGGCGAAGAAAGGUGCCAUCGAGUCUGCGGCUGCGAUCUACACGCGCUACAUGCACAGAUUCAAGGCCUCGCCGGAGAUGAUCGAUAUUGUGCUCCGCUGUCUGGUCGAGUCGCACCGACUGACCACGGCGAAAUGGUUCCUUCUCCGGAAUCUACAGUAUGAUCGCGGCUGUGGCCUGUGCGGAGCGUACCUGACGGGACUCUGGAGGAAGACGAGAAGCAUAGAGCUGCUCAACGGCCAACUUAGCAAGCUGCUGCGGGUCCUCAUGCGUCUCGGCAAGCAGCCUACCGAUAAACUGUUCAACCCGGUCAUCAAGGCAUACGUUGAGUUUGGCCGCCUCGCCGACGCCGAAGCCCUGGCGAACGAAAUGACGCGGAACCAUGGAAUCCCGCCUCGCUGCCGGACCAAAGGGCUCCUGUUGCUGGGCAAGGCACUGGAGUGCGAUUGGGAGGGCGUUCGUGCCGGCUUCGAAGAAAUGCACAAACUCCGCUUGGUCUACAGAUCGGCCGACUUCAUCCCGGUCUUUGACCGCAUCUUCCUCGAAUACUGGCCGACGCACACUGCGGAGGAGAUCCGGACAUGGCUGUAUGGCUACCUAACCGAAUUCGAGAUCGUCCCCGAUCGGGUCCUGUACAAGCACAUUCUGGAGGCCUUGGUGCACAAGGGCGAUCGGGAGAUGGUCUAUGAGUUUCUGCGCUUCGCCAAGGAACGCCAAUGGCCCAAACUCAUGGAUGAAUUUGCAUUCCUGGAAAUGCUGCGAUCCCGGCGCCACGCGCUCGAGCAUUCACCGAUUGGUUUCUGGCAGAUGCUGCAAGCCGCGCGCAUGAAGUACGGCCAGGCCGCCGCUUCACAGCGGAUUCUGGGGUAUGAUCAACACUCCUUCCCAAGUCCGGAGGUCAACAAGAUGCCGUUCACCGAGGACUCAUUGCCAUUCUUCCAACGGAUGCAGCAAGAAACACAGACGUCGAGGCCGGUGGAUCAAUAUCAGAAAGUCCACCGGCUGAUGGCGCAUUACAUGCAUAACGGCAAGUUCGUCGAGGCGUUGAAGCGGUACGAGGCUGCGAAAGCUGCCAGGUUUCACUUCAAGCAGGUGCACGUGGAGCUGGCCGUCAUCGCUACUAUCAUCGAGAAGGGUAUCGAGGCAGCCCGUGAGCUGAUUGAUUCCGACUGGAGGAGCAUUCGCAACGUGACCCGGUUCCUCCCCCAAUACUUCCGCCAGGUGAUUGAGAUGGACACGCAGGCUACGAACGAACACAUCAAACUCGCAGUCUUCCGCUUCUAUGACAUCUGCUCGUCCGGGAAGGACAUGGUCGUCAAGCACCACAUGCUGGUCGCGCUCUGCCGGCGUCUAAUCCAUGAGGACAAGCCCGAUCUGGCCAUUGAGCUUCUGUCCGCGAUCUAUAUGUCCCGCCACCGGAGAACCCUGGCCUACGAUGGGCCCUGCCUGAAGAUGUUUCUGCGGGCGUUUACCUUGGCCGACAACCCUCUGGGUGUCCGGUGGUGCCUCAUGACGGCGCUGACCUGGCCGAACAUCGGCACCGAUUUCACCAUCGAAGUGCGGCGGAUCAUCGGGCGGUUACGCCACCGCACGGAAAGCAACCUGACCAACAUGCACUACAUGAUCGAACGGGAGGAAUAUCUCACCCACGUGGCCGACAUGGUUGUCCGGAAGGUCGAAGGCAAGGAUGACUCAAUGUCGGAUCUGAUACACAACCCCCGACUCAAGAAUCUCAGGCGCAACAUCAUCAAGCGUCCCCCAACGGCGAUCAAAGCCUACCGACUGGAUGAAGUGGACAGGGCGGUCACCGAGUGGGACGAGGAAUAUGAAUUGCACGCCGCGCUGGGAGAGAUUCAAAAUGUUCGCGUGCGGGCUAUUGCCAACCUAACCGAGGAGCAAUACCUGGAUCUCGAGUGGACAGAGGGCGACCUAGAGAGAGGAGAAGAGCACGAGCAAGGGCAGGAGCGAGAAAAAGAACAAGAACAAUGAUUUGACAGAUGGUAAAUGCCAUGCCAUUGAAGGGGUUGAUUACGAGUGCCCUUUCCUAGGCUAUGUCCUACUGCAGCCGGGGGGAGAUUCACAGUCUUCGUCAUAUUGUGUUUAUGUAUAUAGGUGGAUAGAUUUACGGGGGACCAAUCAGUUGGGAUUAUUGUAUUGUACGAUAGCGGUGUCAGAGUCAGGGUCAAUGACCGAUUUCUGAGUUAUGAGGGGAAGAUACCAAUUUGAAUUCAUCAUGGGUUUCUACAGUAGGAGUAUGAGUAGGGGUAUGAGGCGAUGUUUACUGUGAUGAAUCCGAGAAAGUAAGAG